AUGUCUGCCUCCGAUUCUACAGAAGCAAACCAUAAUCUUGAGGACAAAUAUGAAAGUGCCCCAGAAGGAAUCGAUGCUGCUGCUGCUGAUUUAAAUGCCAAUCAACCAUGGCAUGCAUAUAUUGGUAUUAUUACCAUGUGUGUCCUUAUCGCUUUUGGUGGGUAUGUGUUUGGUUUUGAUACUGGUACUAUUCCAGGUUUCGUCAAUAUGACUGAUUUCCAAAGAAGAUUUGGUUCUCCUCGUGGUGAUGGUACUUACUACUUUUCUAAUGCUAGAACUGGUAUGAUGAUUGGUUUGUUCAAUGCUGGUUGUGCUAUUGGUGCUUUGUUUUUGUCUAAACUUGCUGAUUUAUAUGGUAGAAGAUUUGCCAUUAGUGUUUCUAUGCUUAUUUAUAUUUCUGGUGUUAUCGUUCAAAUCGCUGCUCAACACGCUUGGUACCAAGUCAUGAUUGGUAGAAUCGUUACUGGUGUCGCUGUUGGUACUUUAUCUGUUGUCUGUCCGUUGUUUAUUUCUGAAGUUUCUCCGAAACACUUGAGAGGUACUUUGGUUGUCUGUUUCCAAUUGAUGAUUACCUUGGGGAUCUUCUUGGGUUACUGUACUACUUACGGUACCAAGGUUUAUUCCGACUCUAGACAAUGGAGAGUUCCAUUGGGUUUGUGUUUCGCCUGGGCUUUAUUCUUGAUUGGAGGUAUGACUCGUAUGCCAGAAUCUCCACGUUAUCUUCUCAGUAAAGACAAGAUUGAUGAUGCCAGAAUUGCUCUUGCCAAGGUUAACAAAGCUUCCCCAGAAGACCCAGCUUUACUUGCUGAAUUACAAUUACUUCAAGCUGGUGUUGAAAGAGAAAGAUUAGCUGGUAGUGCUUCCUGGAUGACUUUAAUCAAAGGUAAACCAAGAAUCUUUGAAAGAGUCUUUGUCGGUGCCAUGUUACAAUCCUUACAACAAUUGACCGGUGAUAAUUAUUUCUUCUACUAUGCCACUAUGGUCUUUAAAGCUAUUGGUUUAGAUGAUUCCUUUGAAACUGCUAUCAUUAUUGGUGUUAUUAACUUUGCAUCCACUUUUGUUGGUAUCUUUGCCAUUGAAAAAUUGGGUAGAAGAUUGUGUUUGAUGCUUGGUUCAAUUGGUAUGUCUGCUUGUUUCUUGAUGUAUUCUUUGAUUGGUUCUCAACAUCUUUACUACCACGGUUCAAGUGGUGAAACCAGACACAGAGAUGGUAGAGCUAUGAUUUUUGUUACCUCCCUUUAUAUUUUCUGCUUUGCCUCAACCUGGGCUGGUGGUGUUUACUCCGUUAUUUCAGAAUUGUACCCAUUGAAGAUCAAGAGUAAGGCUAUGGGUGUUGCUAAUGCCUGUAAUUGGCUUUGGGGUUUCUUGAUUUCAUUCUUUACCUCCUUUAUCACUGAUGCUAUUCACUUCUACUACGGUUUCGUCUUUAUGGGUUGUUUGUUCUUCUCCAUUUUCUUUGUUUACUUUAUGGUCUACGAAACUAAAGGUCUUGACUUAGGUGCCGUUGAAGAAUUGUAUAAUGCAGGUAUUCCAGCUUGGAAAUCUGCUGGUUGGGUACCACCAACUGCUCAAGAAAUGUCUACUACUACUGGUUACGCUAGAGAUGCUAAGCCAGAAGAACAACAAAAUGAAGAACAAGUCUAG